GCCACGGCAACAACGGUCGCCGCCAUGAUCCCGCCGCCGGACACGCUGCUGCGCUACAACCCGCCCGUGCUGGUCAGCCGCCGCGCCGAGGGGGCCGCGGGCCGCCCGCAGACGCCGCAGAGCCCGCCGCAGGAGAUCCUCAACGUGGUGCUGCCGCCGCGGGAGUGGGAGGAGGAGAACCAGCGCUGGGUGCAGGAGGUGUCGAGCGCGCCCAGCACCCGGCAGGACGUGGUGCAUCUGCAGGAGCAGCUGGACCUGCGGCUGCAGCAGCGGCAGGCGCGGGAGACCGGGCUGUGCCCGGUGCGCAGGGAGCUGUACUCGCAGUGCUUCGACGAGCUGAUCCGGGAGGUGACCAUCAGCUGCGCCGAGCGGGGGCUGCUGCUGCUGCGGGUGCGGGACGAGCUGCUGCUGACGCUGCAGGCGCUGCAGACCCUGUACGAGAGCAGCGUGGCCUUCGGCGUCAGGAAGGCGCUGCGCGCCGAGCAGGGCAAGGCGGACCUGGAGAAGAGGAUUGUGGAGCUAGAAGGGGAGAAGCGGGAGCUGGAGAGACAAGUGGAUGAGCAGAAAGCCAGAUGUGAAGCCAUUGAGAAACGUGACAACGAGAGGAGGGAGAUCGAAGAGAAGAAACACGACGAGGAGGUUCAGUUCCUGAGACAGAAGAACCAACAGCUGAAGACCCAACUUGAAAGCAUCAUUGCAUCAACGAAGUAGAUUUUUUUUAUUGCCCUCCAGACAGUACUCAGAAGACCUGUCAGAGCAAGAAGUCUGCAAUUAGUGACAAAGAUUUGUCUUCAUAAAACAAUCUUGAAUUUUCACUUACUGGUAACUAAAGGCAGCCUAAUUGUAUUCUUUCUUUCUUGUUCUCUUGAAGAGCUGAAAUUCAGCAGCUUCACUAAUUCCUGCAUGCUCUUUCAAUGCCAUCUCAGCAUUCAGCUCCUUGAAUACUGAACCUGUUGGUAGUAUGAUGCUAGAGGAACUUCAAAGCAAUAAACUGAUACAGUUUUACAUGCAA